AUGGCGCUGGCCAAGACCAUUGUGCUACUGCUGUGCCUCAGGCUGUGCCUCAUAGGCACGGCAGGAGGCGCAUUGGGACGAUUAUGCAUCCCGCCCCCAAGGUCGGCAGCCAGACCACCACGCUUAGCCACCAAUGCCAUUACUCCUACCACGCCACGGCCUUCGCUUGACUGGCGUGCGCGUGGUGCUGUCACGCCGGUUAUCUUCCAGGGACAGAUCGGUUCCUGCUGGGCUAUAUCGUCUGUGGGUGCCAUUAAGGGGCUACACAAGAUCCAAACUGGAAGACUUGUCAGGCUGUCGAGCCAGCAGAUAUUCGACUGCUCCAACAAAAGUAUGGCCGACUCGGACCUCAAGGCGUUCGACUGGGUCGUCCGCAACGGAGGUGUCGCCUCAGAGGAGACGUACCUGUACGUGGGACGAGUCCAAGACUGCAAGCGGGAGAAGCUGCAUUUGAUCUCCGCAUCCAUCAGAAGCUACAAGAUGGACAUCCGCGACGAGCUCGACCUCUUGGCCGCCGACUCUUACAAGCCGGUGUCCGUCAGGAUGUGGCUCGACCCACCAAGCUUCUACAACUACACAGGGGGCAUCUUCACGGGAUCAUGCGGGAAGGAAGCCCAUGGCAUGUUGCUGUCUCGCGCGGCCCCGCUUCUCGCAAGCCCCUCCCCGCUGCUACCCUGCCGCUGCUCGCGCUCCGCACCGCCCCGGUUGCUGUCGCGCGCGUGCCCGAGUCCUCGUCGCCUCGCUCUCGCCCUGCCGCCGGUGCUCGCCUCAUUUGCUGCCGCCUCCUACAGCUGCAGCUCUGCUGCCCUCCUCGUCGUGGCCUCGCCGUUGCUUAGCAUCGCCGACCCGCCGCCCUUCGCCGGCGCCGUCCGCGGCCGGCUCGUUGUGGCCGCGCUCCGGCGGGCCACUCGCCCGCGCCCCGAUUUUGCCCGUUCGGGCGUGGCGCCUGCCAGCGCCCGCACGCUCACGGGGCUUCGCCCGCUGCCCGCCAGCGCCCGUGCCCGUUAG